AUGGUUCUGGACACCAACUCCAGCCCACCUACAUUCGUCUUAGUCGGCAUCCCAGGGCUUGAAUCAGUCCAUCCUUGGCUGGGCAUCCCCUUCUGCUUUAUGUAUAUCGUGGCACUCUUCGGGAACGGCGCUCUCCUCUUUGCCAUCCGAUUCGACCGCACCCUGCACAACCCCAUGUUCUAUUUCCUGGGCAUGCUGGGAGUCAUCGACGUGGUCAUGGCGACGACGACAGUGCCCAAAAUGCUGGACAUCUUCUGGAGCGGCUCUCCGAAGAUCGGCCUCAACGUCUGCUUUGCUCAGAUGUUUUUCAUCCAUUCCGUUACAGCGAUGGAAUCGGGGGUCUUGCUGGCCAUGGCCUUUGACCGAUACGUUGCCAUCAGCCACCCGCUGAGAUAUGAGAUGAUCCUAACGCCCCCAAGGGUGGCCCAGAUAGGCCUGGCGAUUCUGACGAGAGGGAUCCUUUUCAUGGUUCCUUUGAGCGGGAUGGUGAGCCGCUUGCCCUACUGCGCUUCCAAGCGAAUCCCUCAUUCCUAUUGCGAGCACAUGGCGGUCGUAAAAUUGGCCUGUGCGGAUUCUGCCACCAGCCGCGUCUACAUCAUGGUGGGAUCCACCCUGAUUGUGGGGAGCGACAUGGCUUUCAUUGCCGUUUCUUACGGGCUGGUUCUCAGAGCUGUGAAGAAGCUGAGCGAGAAGACGGAGCGGCUCAAG